CGGGGCCGCGGGGCGGGCGCGCUCGGGCUCCGCCGCCCAGGCCGCCCCUGGCCCGGCUCGGCGCGCUCACCAUGGCGGGCCCCGCGCCCGGGCGGCGGCUGGUCGCGCUGGCCCUGAUCGUGGCGCUGGCCGCGGGGCUCCCCGCAGCCCGGGCCGGGCAGGCGCCUCGUCCCGCCGAGCGAGGUCCCCCGGUGCGGCUCUUUACGGAGGAGGAGCUGGCCCGCUACAGCGGGGAGGAGGAAGAUGAGCCCAUCUACAUGGCAGUCAAGGGGGUGGUGUUCGAUGUCACUUCUGGAAAGGAGUUUUAUGGACGAGGAGCCCCCUACAACGCCUUGACCGGGAAGGACUCCACCAGAGGGGUGGCCAAGAUGUCCCUGGACCCUGCAGACCUCACCCAUGACACCACGGGCCUCACGGCCAAGGAGCUGGAAUCACUGGAUGACGUCUUCACCAGAGUGUACAAAGCCAAAUACCCAAUCGUUGGCUAUACAGCCCGAAGAAUCCUCAAUGAGGAUGGCAGCCCCAACCUGGACUUCAAGCCUGAAGACCAGCCCCACUUCGACAUAAAGGAUGAGUUCUGAUCAGCAGGAGCUUGGCCCUGGGAAGGCGAGGUGAGGAGACCCUCCAACACAAGAUCUCCGGCAAAACAGGCGUUCGCAGCCUCUGGUCACCACCGGCUCUGAAUAGAGCACGCGUGUCACCUGGAAUGCUGAAUGGCUCUCAUCACCCUUGGUCAAGUGUUCUGUUCACCCGGGUGUCCUGCCUGCACACCAGCGGGGAGGUCAUGGUGGCUGAGGGGAACGCCUCCUAGGUGUCAGCGGGGGCUUCGUGGGCAGUGGAAUUACAAGUGGCCUUUAUUUCUUUAUAUUGUUCUAUACUUGUCAGAUUUUCUACUGUGGCCGUGUGUACUUUAAGCACCAAAAUAAACUUCCUGUUUUCACAAAAGGAGAAUUCUU